AUGUCGGUCACCGCCGCCGACGAGGCCAUCCGCCGUGUCCUCCUCACAGGCGUCAGCCCCAGCAGCCACCUCCCACCGCUCACCGUCAAGCUCAUCCAUGGCCGCCUCCUCCGCCUGGACCUCCUCCACACCGACCUAUCGCAGCUCCUUCUCCGCGCCGUUUCUUCCUGCGGCCUGCACCUCCACGCCCUCCGCCUCCACUCCCUCCUUCCCAACCCUUCCCACCUCACCUUCCCCUUCGCGAUCAAGGCUGCCUCCCGGCUCCCCGACCCGCUCACUGCCGGCGUGCAACUCCAUGCCCGCUCCCUCAAGCUCCCCUCCCAUGCCAACCCCCACGUCCUCACCUCCCUCCUCAACCUCUACGCGAAAUGCGGCCGUUUGCUCGACUCCCAGAAGGCGUUCGACGAAAUGCCCCACCCCAGCACCGUCUCCUGGACCGCGCUCAUCACCGCGUACAUGGACGCGGGGCGCGCUCAGGAAGCCGUUGGGGUUGCAAGGAGGGCGUUUGCGAGUGGCAUGCGCCCUGACAGCUUCACGGCCGUGCGGGUCCUCACUGCGUGCGCUCGAGUUGCUGAUUUGGUGAAUGGGGAAGCUGUGUGGAGGGUGGCAGAGCAGGAGGGGAUUGCUGGGAACGUGUUUGUGGCAACUGCGGCGUUGGACUUGUAUGUCAAGUGUGGGGAAAUGGACAAGGCUAGGGAAGUGUUUGACAAGAUGAAGAACAAGGAUGUGGUGGCCUGGGCCGCAAUGGUUGGGGGAUACGCCUCCAACGGGCAUCCACAGGAGGCUCUGGAACUGUUCUUCGCAAUGCAGGUGGAGGGAAUGAGACCAGAUUGUUAUACAGUGGCUGGGGCGCUCUCAGCGUGCACAAGGUUAGGUGCACUGGAUUUGGGGCGGCGGGUAGUUGGGAUGCUGCACUGGGAUGAAGUUCUUGACAACCUAGUCCUUGGUACUGCACUGAUUGAUAUGUAUGCCAAGUGCGGGGGCACAGGUGAGGCAUGGAUGGUGUUCCAGCAGAUGAGGAAGAGAGAUAUCAUUGUUUGGAAUGCAAUGAUCUUGGGGCUCGGCAUGACUGGCCACGAGAAGAUUGCCUUUGCGCUUGUUGGCCAGAUGAAGAAGUCAGGCAUGACACUGAAUGAUAAUACCUUCAUGGGAUUGCUCUGCAGCUGUACACAUAGUGGCCUUGUAAAAGAUGGCCAGCGCUAUUUUCGUAACAUGAGUCAGUUGUAUCGUAUAAGCCCUAAGAUUGAGCAUUAUGGUUGUAUGGUUGACCUGCUCAGUCGUGCGGGGUUGCUGGAGGAGGCUCAUCAGUUAAUUGAAGACAUGCCAAUGGAGGCAAAUGCUGUUGUAUGGGGAGCACUCCUUGGUGGUUGCAAGAUCCACCGGAACGCUGACCUUGCUGAACAUGUGUUGAAGCAGCUCAUCCAAUUGGAGCCUUGGAAUUCUGGAAAUUAUGUCAUGCUUUCUAACAUAUACUCUAACAGUGGAAGAUGGGAAGAUGCCGCAAAGCUCAGGUUGGAAAUGAAGGCAAAGGGGGUCGAGAAGGUCCCUGCAUCUAGCUGGGUUGAACUUGAUGGUAAGGUCCAUGAGUUCCAUGUUGGAGACAAAUCACAUCCCCUCUCAGAUCAAAUCUAUGCAAAGCUCGAUCAGUUAGGCAUGGAAAUGAAGGCCAUAGGCUAUAAACCAACUACUGAGGUGGUGAUGUUUGACAUUGAAAAUGAGGAGAAGGAACACACGCUUGUGCAUCACAGUGAGAAAAUUGCCAUUGCAUUCAGCCUCCUUACUACUGAACCAGGAGAGACCAUUAGGGUCACCAAAAACCUCCGAGUUUGCAGUGACUGCCACACCGCCAUCAAGCUCAUAUCAAGGAUAACCUGUCGCGAAAUUAUUGUUCGAGAUAACAAUCGAUUUCAUUGCUUUAGAGAUGGCUAUUGCUCUUGCAAUGACUAUUGGUAG